AUGCUCAUCCCACGUAGCGAAGCCCUGUCCGAGCAUAAAACUCACAAACGAAUCAUCUUCUAUCAUCAAACUCAGUACAGAGACGACAGAUACAUCUCCAUCCUCCCCGCUCUCAAUCCCUCAUCCGGCGUCACACACGUCAUCGUCGCCGCGAUUCAUCUCAACGCGCCGGACAACAUCACCCUCAACGAUGACCUUUACAACUCAUCCAAGUUCAUCCCACUUUGGGAUGAGGUCCGUCAGCUUCAGGCGGCCAGUAUCAAGGUCCUCGGCAUGCUCGGCGGCGCAGCCCAGGGAUCCUACACCAAGCUUGAUGGGUCACUUGAGGGUUUCCACAGAUGGUAUCAGCCACUUCGAGAGAUGAUCAAAUGGGCAGGCUUCGAUGGCUUGGAUCUUGAUAUUGAAGAGGCCAUGUCGCUUGGCGGAGUUGUUCGUCUGAUUGACCAUUUGAAGACGGACUUUGGUCAGUCUUUUCUCGUGACGCUUGCGCCUGUCGCGCCAGCGCUGCUUAAUAGGCAGAAUCUAGGUGGAUUCAAUAUUGAGGAACUUGAGAAGGGAUUGGGCUCGCGCAUAGCAUGGUAUAACACUCAGUUUUACUGCGGCUGGGGCGACAUGAGUAAGCCUCACGACUACGAUGCUAUUAUCGCGCGAGGUUGGCCACAAGAAAAGGUCGUCAUCGGUCUCGUGACGAACCCGGCUAACUGCUCGGGAUACGUGAGCGAUGCCAAAUUGAAGUCAUGUCUGAAAGAGUUGGUGAGUAGGUAUCCAAGGAUCGGGGGUGUGAUGGGAUGGGAAUAUUGGAACGCGGUAACGGAAGAGAGUCCGGACGUAGGGACGCCGGAGAAGUGGGCCAAGAUGAUCAAUGACAUCUUGAAUCCCAAGUCCAAGGGAGAGUGA